AUACACGAGGGCGGGGGUUGUCUUCCAUCUCCCGUAAUUAAAACGAUUAUUACACACACCUCUUUUCUUCUUCUUCUUCUUCUACCUCCUUUCUCUUUUUUUUUUUUCUUGAUCUCUCUUCAAUUAUUCUUUUUCCGCCAUAAUUUCGACCUUCGAAGUCUCCCAUGGCGGAGCCUGUUGAGUUGCCGAAUCGUUUGGGAAUCCUCGCUUUCAGAAACAAAGUGUUGUUACCUGGUGCAAUUAUUCGAAUUCGCUGCACUUCUCCUAGCAGUGUGAAAUUGGUGGAGCAAGAACUGUGGCAGAGGGAAGAGAAAGGGUUAAUUGGCAUUGUUCCUGUUCGUGAUGCAGCCGAAUCUGCUUCAGUAGGAUCUGUGCUGUAUCCAGGUGGAGGGUCAGAUUCUGGGGAAUGCAAUCUGAAAAAUCAGUCUGGUUUGUCGGACUCCCGAAAGACAGAUGCAAAAAGCCAACAAGAGGCUGUUCAUUGGCACAACAGGGGAGUGGCUGCUCGAGCCUUACAUCUCUCACGUGGAGUGGAGAAACCAAGUGGGAGGGUUACUUACACUGUAGUCCUAGAAGGCUUGUGCAGAUUUAGUGUGCUGGAACUCAAUAGCAGAGGCACAUAUUAUACUGCAAGAAUUUCUCCACUGGACAUCACAAAAGCAGAUAUGGAGCAAGCAGAGCAGGACCCUGAUUUUGUCUCGUUAGCUCGCCAGUUCAAAGUGACUGCCUUGGAGCUCAUCUCCGCCCUCGAGCAGAAACAAAAAACUGGUGGGAGGACAAAAGUUCUUUUGGAGACUGUCCCUGUUCAUAAACUGGCAGAUAUUUUUGUUGCAAGCUUUGAAAUCAGUUUUGAAGAGCAGCUAUCUAUGUUGGACUGUGUUGAUCUUAAAAUAAGGCUUUCAAAAGCAACUGAAUUGGUCGACAGGCAUUUGCAGUCAAUACGCGUAGCUGAGAAGAUCACGCAAAAGGUUGAGGGACAACUGUCAAAAUCGCAGCGAGAAUUUCUUCUAAGGCAGCAGGUAAGAGAAUUAAAAGAAGAGCUUGGAGACAAUGAUGAUGAUGAGGAUGAUGUUGCUGUUCUUGAAAGGAAAAUGCAAAGUGCUGGAAUGCCAUCAAAUAUUUGGAAGCAUGCACAGAGGGAAUUGAGGAGACUUAAGAAAAUGCAGCCUCAGCAACCUGGUUAUAACAGUUCACGUGUUUACUUGGAGCUUCUUGCUGAUCUCCCUUGGCAGAAGGCCACAGAAGAGCACAAAUUAGAUCUUAGAGCUGCAAAAGAGCGUCUUGAUAGUGACCACUAUGGGUUGGCCAAGGUCAAGCAACGUAUUAUCGAAUAUUUGGCUGUUCGUAAGCUUAAACCAGAUGCAAGAGGUCCAGUUUUAUGCUUUGUUGGCCCGCCAGGUGUUGGGAAAACAUCUUUGGCUACAUCUAUUGCUGCUGCUCUUGGCAGAAAGUUUAUGCGUAUAUCUCUUGGCGGUGUGAAGGACGAAGCUGAUAUCAGAGGGCACAGGAGGACAUACAUUGGGAGCAUGCCAGGUCGUCUGAUCGACGGAAUAAAGAGAGUGGGCGUCUCCAAUCCUGUUAUGCUGUUAGAUGAGAUUGACAAGACUGGCUCUGAUGUCCGUGGAGAUCCUGCUGCAGCACUGCUAGAAGUCCUUGACCCUGAACAGAACAAAACUUUCAAUGACCAUUAUUUGAAUGUUCCAUAUGAUCUAUCCAAAGUCAUAUUUGUGGCAACUGCAAAUAAAGUGCAGCCUAUCCCUCCUCCACUUUUGGAUAGGAUGGAAGUCAUAGAGCUGCCUGGAUAUACACCUGAAGAGAAGGUCAAAAUUGCUAUGCAGUACCUUAUACCAAGAGUUAUGGACCAACAUGGAUUGAAUUCUGAGUUCCUGCAGAUUCCAGAGGGUAUGGUGAAACUCAUAAUCCAAAGAUAUACUAGAGAAGCUGGUGUGCGGAAUUUGGAAAGGAAUUUGUCUGCUUUAGCUCGGGCAGCAGCUGUAAAAGUCGCUGAGCAAGAUAAUGCUACAGCUGUUAGUAAAGAUAUCCAUCAGUUUUCUUCACCAGUAGAGGAAAGCAGACUCGCGGAAGGAGCUGACGUUGAAAUGGAGGUUAUCCCAAUGGGUGUUAACAAUCAAGAAAUUUCAAAUGCGUUGCAGGUUGCAUCGCCUUUGAUUGUGGAUGAAACUAUGCUUGAAAAUGUUCUGGGACCACCCAGGUAUGAUGACAGAGAAACUGCUGAACGGGUAUCAAAUCCUGGGGUCUCUGUAGGGCUGGUAUGGACUGCCUUCGGCGGGGAGGUCCAAUUUGUUGAGGCUUCUGCAAUGGCAGGAAAGGGUGAAUUACGUCUGACUGGACAACUUGGCGAUGUUAUUAAGGAGUCCGCACAAAUAGCUCUCACCUGGGUGAGAGCAAGGGCCAUGGAGCUGAAUUUAGUUGCUACUGGUGAAAUAAACUUAAUGGACGGACGGGACAUCCAUAUACAUUUUCCAGCCGGGGCUGUUCCUAAGGACGGUCCGUCAGCCGGUGUGACAUUGGUAACAGCCCUUGUUUCCUUGUUAAGCCAAAAGAGAAUGAGAGCAGAUACAGCUAUGACUGGGGAGAUGACUUUGAGGGGCCUUGUGCUGCCUGUUGGGGGUAUCAAGGAUAAGGUAUUGGCGGCACACCGAUAUGGUAUAAAGAGAGUUAUAUUGCCUGAGAGGAACUUGAAAGAUUUGGUUGAAGUACCAUCAGCAGUUCUUACCGAUCUUGAGAUAAUAUAUGCCAAGCGAAUGGAAGAUGUAUUAGAACAGGCUUUUGAAGGUGGAUGUCCAUGGAGACAGCGUGCAAGGUUAUGACGAAAUUUUACUCGAUAAAUUAUGACCUAUUGCACGUCCAUGUUUUAGCAGAAGGCGGCAAGCUGUAAGUUCAUUCAUGCGUGGGUCUAGUCUAUGACAGAAGUAUUUAUGUACAAUGACCGGUGCUGAAUUUAGUAGAGGUUACGAGCCAGAUUAUUCCUGCUGCUUUUACACGACCUUUGAACUUGAGAUGCUUAUAAUCUUGUAAAUUGUAUAGAAGCCUUCACUUUCUCUUAUUCAAUCUGCGUAAAGUAUACAGAAGCCUUUACUCCCGGUGUUAUCUAAGAUCUGAAGCUUACCUUGUAAAUUUGAGUUAUACUUGACAGAUUUAAUUAAUGAAGUUCAUUCCACAAUUCUUCUCUAUUCA